AUGGUACCGGCACCGAUCCGGGGCGGGCGGAGCUGCGGGCUGUGCGGGGCUGGCCCCGGCGGCUCCGCGGUGCCCCGCUCCGUCCCCGGUACCGACCGGCGGGGAUCCCGCUCCGUCCCCGGUACCGACCCGCGGGGAUCCCGCUCCGACCCGCAGGGUCCCGCUCCGCCCCGGUACCGGCCCGCAGCCCCGGGGGUCCGAGCCAUGCCGGGGUCCCGGUGCCCGCUGCCGGCGCUGCCGGUGCUGCGCUGGCUCCCGCGGUACUCCCGGGCCUGGCUGCCGCUGGACGUGCUGGCCGGGCUGGCCGUGGGCCUGACCGCCGUGCCCCAGGCGCUGGCCUACGCCGAGCUGGCCGGGCUGCCGCUGCAGUACGGCCUCUACUCCUCCUUCAUGGGCUGCUUCGUGUACUGCCUGCUGGGCACGGCCAAGGACGUGACGCUGGGUCCCACGGCCAUCAUGUCCCUGCUGGUGUCCUCGUACGCCUUCCAGCAGCCCGCCUACGCCGUGCUGCUCGCCUUCCUCUCGGGCUGCGUUCAGCUGGCCAUGGGGCUGCUGCGCCUCGGAUUCCUUCUGGAUUUCAUUUCCUGCCCGGUCAUUAAGGGGUUUACAUCAGCUGCUUCCAUCACCAUCAGCUUCAACCAGGUCAAGAACAUCCUGGGCCUGCAGGGCAUCCCGAGGCAGUUCUUCCUGCAGCUCUACGAGACGCUGAGGAGGAUCGGGGAGACCAGGGCCGGGGACGCGCUGCUGGGGCUGAGCUGCCUGGCAGCGCUGGCAGGGCUGCGGGCCAUGAAGAGCCGCCUGCCCCAGGCCGUCCCCACGGCGCCGCCGGCCGUCAGGAUCAGCCACCUGAUUGUGUGGAUCUGUGCCACAGCACGCAAUGCCCUCGUGGUCCUGUUUGCUGGCCUGGUGGCUUACUCCUUCCAGGUGAUGGGCUGCCAGCCCUUCAGGCUCACGGGCAGCAUCCCCCAGGGGCUGCCACCCUUCCGGCCACCACCCUUCUCCCUGGCAGUGCCCAACGGCACCGUCCCCUUCCCCAGCAUGCUGCAGGACAUGGGCGUCGGGCUGGCCGUGGUGCCACUCAUGGGGCUGCUGGAGAGCGUGGCCAUUGCCAAGGCUUUUGCCUCGCAGAAUGGCUACAGGAUUGACCCCAGCCAGGAGCUGCUGGCUCUGGGUGUUGCCAACGUCCUGGGCUCCUUUGUCUCCUCGUACCCCAUCACGGGCAGCUUUGGCCGGACAGCAGUGAAUGCUCAGUCAGGGGUCUGCACCCCCGCAGGAGGGCUCGUCACAGGUGCCCUGGUCCUGCUGUCCCUGGCAUACCUGACCUCUCUGUUCUAUUACAUCCCCAAGGCAGCGCUGGCUGCUGUCAUCAUCUCGGCCGUGGUGCCCAUGUUCGACGCUGGCAUCUUCCGGAGGCUCUGGCGGGUUCAGAGGCUGGACCUUGUGCCCCUGUGUGUGACGUUCCUGCUGUGUUUCUGGGAGGUGCAGUAUGGAAUCGUGGCUGGGGUGCUGGUUUCUGGCCUUCUCCUGCUCCACUCCAUUGCCAGGCCCCCGAUAAAGGUGUCAGAGGGGGCCGUGCUGCUGGUGCAGCCGGGGAGCAGCCUGCACUUCCCAGCCGUGGAGCACCUGAGGAGCUCGGUGUGCAGCCGUGCUCUGGCAGCAGCGUCCCCAGCUCGCCCUGUGCUGCUGGACUGCAGCCACGUCAGCAGCAUCGAUUACACGGCAGUGCUGGGGCUGGCAGAGCUGCUGCAGGAGCUGCACGGGCACGGCCUGCCGCUGGCCUUCUGCGCCCUGCAGGAGCCCGUUCUCCAAGUCCUCCUGUCUGCAGACUUAGAAGGAUUCCAGCAUUUCCCCAGCCGGGAGGAGGCAGGGGAGGCGCUGGCUGCUCUGCCAGGAUGGGAGCGCUGCAGGGAGCUGGGGGGCAGCGGGGCAGAGCCCCCCGCCAGCCCUGCCCAGAGCACCGGGCUCAUCCAGUGACAUCGGU